CGGAAAUAAGUGUCACGGUGUCCAUUGACGACGACAGCAAGCACCAAGACGGCUGUCAAGCGGUGGAACUGCAAGUGUACAUGAGGACUUUUCUUCUUGGCAGAGCCGAUAAAAGGCAGCCAUGUCUCCAUCAAUACCACUCCAGGAGAUGAUCCGGGCCAUCAGGUCGGCCAGGACCCAGUGUGAGGAACGGGGAGUCAUCCAGAGGGAGUGCGCCGCCAUCCGGGCUCAGUUCCGACAAUCUGACAGUGAGAGUCGAUCCCACAACCUGGCCAAGCUCCUCUACGUGCAUAUGCUUGGCUACCCCGCGCAUUUUGGUCAGAUGGAGUGUGUGCGGAUGAUAGCCAGCCCUCGCUACAGCGAAAAGCGUGUGGGAUACUUGGGAGCUAUGAUGUUGCUGGACGAGAAGCAGGACGCCAGCUUACUCAUCACAAACUCCAUCAAGAAUGACCUGUCUCACAGUAGUCAGUACGUGCAGUCUCUGGCUCUGUGCACGCUUGCCUGUAUCGGCUCCGCUGAGAUGUGCAGAGAUCUGGCACCCGAGGUGGACAGGCUGCUCCGGGCCUCCAACUCCUACAUUAAGAAGAAGGCUGCACUGUGUGCCAUCCACAUUGUGAGAAAAGUCCCAGAACUCGGGGAGCUCUUCGCCCAGACGGCUCGCUCCCUCCUGGUGGAAAAGCACCACGGCGUUCUCCACGGCGCCGUCGUGCUCAUCACUGAGUUGUGCGGGUGCAAUCCGGAGACGCUGGAGCGCUUCAGAAAGACGGUCCCAGAUCUCGUUCGAAUCAUGAAGGGCCUGGUCACCUCCGGUUAUUCUCCAGAACACGAUGUGGCUGGGAUCAGUGAUCCCUUCCUGCAGGUACGAAUCCUGAGGCUGCUGAGAAUGCUGGGUCGCAACAGCGAGGAAGCUAGUGACGCCAUGAACGAUCUGCUGGCUCAGGUCGCCACCAACACAGACAGCACGAAGACCGUGGGCAACGCUGUGCUGUACGAAACCGUUCUCACCGUGCUGGACAUCAAGUCAGAGAGCGGCCUCAGGGUGCUGGCUGUGAACAUCUUGGGGCGUUUCCUCCUGAACAACGACAGAAACAUUCGAUACAUCGCCAUGACUUCGCUGCAGAAGAUCGUCGUGACAGACAACAUAGCUGUGCAGCGUCACAGAGGAACCAUCGUGGACUGCUUGAAGGACGCAGACGCUUCUGUCAAACGGCGCGCCCUGGACCUCUCCUUAGCGCUGGUGUCCGCCAGCAACAUCCGCUCCAUGAUGAAGGAGUUACUCGUCUUCCUCUCCUCCUGCCCGCCUGAACUCCGAGCCGAAGCAGCCAGCGGAAUAUUCAACGCCGCAGAGAAGUAUGCACCCUCCCAGCGCUGGCACAUUGACACCAUCCUGCAUGUCCUCACCACGGCCGGCGGUGACGUGAGAGAUGAAACCGUCCCCAAUCUGAUCCUGCUCAUCACCAGCGCUUCCGAGCUUCACUGCUACACCGUUCACAAGCUGUACCGGGCGCUGUUCACCGACAUCUCUCAGCAACCUCUGGUCCAGGUGGCGUGCUGGUGCAUCGGCGAGUACGGGGACCUGCUGCUCAAAGGAGAAUGUCAGGAGAUGGAGCCCGUCGAGCUGACCGAGGACAGCGUGCUGGACGCCUUGGAGACGGUCCUGCAGUCCCACAUGUCCACCCCGGUGACCAGAGGCUUUGCUCUCACCGCCACCAUGAAGCUGAGCACCCGCAUCACCCAGAAUGUGGACCGAAUCCGAAGCAUUGUGAGCAUUUACGGGAGCUGCAUGGACGUGGAGCUCCAGCAGAGGGCGGUGGAGUACAACGCCCUCUUCCAAAAAUACGACCACAUGAGGGCAGCCGUGCUGGAGAGGAUGCCCGUGUUUGAGAAGAACUCUCCGGGUCAUACCGACGGAGAGUCCACGGGGGAUGGCGGCGUCAAAGAGGUGGACAGGGUGAAGCAGAGAGAGGUCUCUCUGCCGCCGCAACAACCUGCCAAUCAGGUAUGUAAUCUGUUGGACUUGCUGGGGGACUCAGAGGAGCCUGUUCAUCCGGGUCCAGCUCAGGGUGGCACAGCGCCCGGCCUGUCCAACAACCCCAUAAGACCUGCUGGAGAGGACCUGCUGGAUCUGUUGGGAGGCUUUGAGCCAACCCCGGCGACUCCAGCCCCCGCGGCGAGCAUCUACCAGAAGAACGGCGUAACGUUGACGCUGGCAUGUGAGAAGCACUCCGACUCUGGCCUGACGGUCACCCUGACGGCCUCCAACUCCUCCAACUUGGACGUGACAAGCUUGACACUCCAGGCUGCCGUUCCUAAGAGCGUCCACUUGCACAUGAAGGCCCCCAGUGGAGACACGCUGCCGGCACGAGGCGCCGCUCAGGUGACCCAGUUGGUCCUUCUCAGUAAUCCCAACAAGGUCAACCUGAAGAUGAGGAUACGGAUAUCCUACUCAAGCCAAGGUUCUGCCGUUCAGGACACGGUUCAGGUUGAUUCCUUUCCUGGACUCGGUGUGUGAGCAUCUCACCUAAACACUACACUUCCUCAAAUUCCAGUUUUUUUUAUUAGAAAACACAACCUCCGUCAAACUGAUAUUCCAACUUUGGAAUACUGCUCAAUAAUCAAGUAUUGCUAAGCGUUUACAGUGGCAACCGUAUACAAAACGCCAACAUUCAGGGUUGUUUUUAUUUUAUCUAGCAUUCCCUCUUCUUCAAGCCAUUGCUCUUUGAAAUACAUGGGAGUAGAACCUUUGCACCCUCACUUCUCCUGUGCCUUUCUCUACCGUGGAGUCUUAUUAGGGCCGCAUUGGGGGAAAGAAAUAGCGUACUAGUAAGAAAGUUGUACAUUUACGAGAAAAAAAAGUAGUAAAUUUACGAGAAAAACACUAUUUCUACAUUGAUGACAACAAAAAGUACAUCGACAAGCUUUUUACUUGUACAUUUACAAGAAAAAAAAACACUAUUAGCAGACUGAAACGUCUCCAAGAGCUAUAUGACCUUUUCCCAAGGUCAAAGGUCACAUCAGUCCUUCCUUUUUAUAGCGGCCUCAGGCAACUCCUGUUACGACUGAAUAUUAGAUUAAUGUGAGACUUCCAGAAUAAAGUCAUAGAUUUACAGGAGACGGGGCGGCACGGUGGUCGAGUGGUUAGCGCGCAGACCUCACAGCUAGGAGACAAGGGUUCAAUUCCACCCUCGGCUAUCUCUGUGUGGAGUUUGCAUGUUCUCCCCCGUGCAUGCGUGGGUUUUCUCCGGGUACUCCGGUUUCCUCCCACAUUCCAAAAAAACAUGCUAGGUUAAUUAGCGACUCCAAAUUGUCCAUAGGUAUGAAUGUGAGUGUGAAUGGUUGUUUGUCUAUAUGUGCCCUGUGAUUGGCUGGCCACCAGUCCAGGGUGUACUCUCACCCGAAGACAGCUGGGAUAGGCUCCAGCGAAUGAAUGAAUUUACAGGAGAAAACUGGUACAGGCAUUAUCUGAGACAGCUAUAAAAAAAGGGAGUGGGGUCAGGAAGGCAAAGUGAGACAUGGCAGCUGUUUUGCUGCCAUGUUACAAAUAAAUUUCCCUCUUGACACUAUUUUGUGGCCCUAAUACUCCGUCCUAUUUGACCCUUUUUGUGUGCUGAGGUUUUUAAUGGUUAAAUAAAGUUGCCAGCAUUUCAAUUUCAGGAAGUUUUACCCCAAGAGUCUUUAUUGCCAUGUAUAUAGAUUCACAUGGUUACAUCAACUAUUUUAUUUCUGUACAAUGAAUAUGAAGAUGCUGAGUGCUGGACAACGUCAUGGGUGAUCCAAGUUUGUCUGUGAUAUCGUUUUCCAAUAAAAACGAUGUGCGCGUUGAUCGAGAAGACGACGCAUGGCUCAACUUCAGCAUUUAUUAACAAGCAUUAAAGAGCAACAGCCCGAGUGCUUCUAUGAGCGGGACAAACCCAGAAAGCCAAUAUGGGUUACAAAAACAUCCAUGAAUCAAACAUCCUUUUUUUUUUUUCCAUCCGGAAGGGCGUUUUGGGCGGUCGUGAGGGGUGGGUAAUGAUGGGAACGCCGAAAGCGUUGGCACACGGCCGGCACCCGGGUUGGGGCGCCGCUCAUGAUGAGGUGACGUGGGUGGCCUUCCCUCCUCUUAGCGCCAGCACGAGAUGGAGCACCGAGCCGCCCUGGAUCUUGUAGUCCGCCGCCGUCUUCUCAUCGUUCCUGAUCAAGAUACACGUGACAUGACUGACAGGAAAGCAAAGACGUGGACGUACGCCAUUUCCUGAAGGCGGGGGUCCA